UCAAAGUAAAUUAAGCCAUUAGCUUCUAUAUAAGCCAGGCUAAGCUUUUUCAACUCCUACAGUACUCUCUUCUGCUUCCUCUUCACUAAAAAGAGCUUCUUUUAGGCUAGAAGGGUAUUGAGAGGCUAAGUACAAUGGCUCUAAAGCUAGCUCUGUUUAUCGCCAUGGCUACAGUUCCAGCUAUAGUUGGGGCGAAAGACUUUAUUGUUGGAGAUGAAGAAGGCUGGAAAGUGGGAGUGAACUACACAGAGUGGGCUGAGGACAAGGACUUCAGAGUUGGGGACAGGAUUGUCUAUGAACUUAUAUGCGAUAAAAAUCAACUAAUGAAUCAAAAUCAUUUGAAUCUUCUGGCAGUUUUUAACUACGUUAAAGGAAAACACAACGUACUUAAAGUUACCGGCCCAGCCUUCCGUUCCUGCAAUAAAACAGUAAGCAGCCCGCUCACAACAGGAAAUGAUAAGAUAGAACUUACUUCAGCUGGAAGAAAAUGGUACAUUUGUGCCAUUGGCGACCACUGUGAGAAAGGAAUGAAGCUUUUCAUCGACGUUGAAGAAGCUGAGGUUCCUGCUCCUGCUCCUUCUCCAACAGGGGGGAAGGGGAACUCAGGAAACUCAGGAAACUCAAUUUCUUCAUUUACUUACUCAUAUUUGGUGGGAUUAGCUGCUAUAUGGGCAAUGGUGAUUAUGUUCUGAUGAAUACUUAAUAGAAUUUUGGAGCAGUUAUUUGUAUCCUGUUGAGAUAUUUGUGUGGAUUAGAAUGCAUUUCUUUCUAUAUGUGAUCGUUGGUGUGCUAUUGUGUGAUGGAUGUACUUUUUUUUUUUA